AUGUAUGCAAUAGAGCGUAAGGACGAUGAGUACGCAUUUGCUGUUGAUGACACAUUCGUCACACCAGGCGGAAGUGUGGGGCCUCACAAUUACAGCAUCGACUAUCCAAAAGUUACCAUCUACCAGCUUCUAAAAAGACGCGUUAAUCUAACUAUUUUAUUGGCGGACAAGCAAUCAGAGUCAUAUGAAUGGGUUUACUACGAAGGAAAUUUUAAAUUAGACUUCGAAAUACUGAAAGUGCUGCAUAAAAAAGAAAUUUUCCAAACAACCGAAUGGACUCCUAGCGUACUUCCACAAAACUCGAGUUACAACGGAAUUCAAAUCGUUAGAAUUCAAGUUGUAAAUGAUAAGAUUAGACGUCGAGGCAAGCGUGUUACAAUUAACACUGGCGACUUUCCUGCUGUUGACCUGGUAAACGCAACCAUUUGUGACAAUAACAUUUCUGUGUGCGUCAAUGUCACUGGCAAUCCGCCUCCUUCUACUACAAUACAGACCCAAGAAGACGUAGAUAUUUCUCGUUGCAAUUUUACGACUUGCUUAUCUCUUGAAAGUUCUACAUUAGAUCCUCAACAGCUUGCUAGUACAGCAAGUUCUAUUUCGUGCAGCUUUACAUCCGUCACUCAAAAUCAGUCUGUUUCUUCGAGACCCACCACUGAUUUGACAGACUACCUUACUCCUGCAUCGAACAAACAAACAAGUUCCACUAAAUCACAUAAACAAACAAGUCAUCCUACAUCGAACAGACAAACAAGUCCAACUACAUCAGAUGGACCAACAAGUUCUCCCACAUCGAACAAACAAACAAGUCCAACUACAUCAGAUAAACAAACAAGUCCAACUAAAGCAAAUCAACAAAACAUAAGUCAGUCAACAACUUCCCAACAGAGAAUGAGUCUAACUACAAAAUAUCGUAAGUUAGCUACUCAUCCAAUGGCAAGAGAAACAUCUCCUCCACCUCAGAAAGAUUCUACCUCUCAAGGAAUUCCUGUAUACAAUAUUGCUGCAGCAUGUGUUAGUGCACUAGUUUUGAUUGUAGUGAUCAUUAUCAUUAUUGUUUGCUGCAAACGAAAAUUAGCUCACAAAAGGACACUAGAAUCGGACCUUCAAACGACUGAACACAUUUAUGCAAACAGAGUCUAUUUAUCAAAUGUUGAAUUACAAUCUGUACACGACACUGCGAACGAGGUCUACGAAAGUGCUGAAUUCGAAUUUCCCAACACACGUGCAGCUCGCGAGGAAAGAGUGGCAGCUGAUCAUGACGAACACGACGAUGUAUACGAGACGGCAAUGCAGAACAAUACAGCUUACGGAACUACUUGAUGUCAUAUACUUCAGCAUCCAUUUAGCCACUGUGCUUCUCAGUGACAAAAAUCUUUUGCACGGAUGAGCGAAUGCGCUCGUGAUUUGCUGAAAACGGAAGUCAAUAGUGUUAUAAGCAAACAUCAUAUAUA